CUCCUGGACUGGGGCUGGUUGUCAGCUGGGAGCGCAGGAGGGGACUUUCCAGAGCUGGCUGGUGUCACCUGCACCACAGGAUGCAAAGGCCAUGGCUUCUCCCAGGACUCUGCUUUCUGCUAAGCCUGCCUGGAGCUAUGACUCAGUAUGCCUCCUACGCUUGCUCCUGUCCCCAGCAUGCUUCCUGUGUCAACAGCACGGCCUGCACCUGCAACCCCGGGUACACUUCCAGCUCUGGGCAGAAGAUCUUCACCUUCCCCUUGGAAACGUGUGACGAUGUUGAUGAGUGUGCACCUCCUGUGAGCAUGGAUUGUGGACCAAAUGCCCAGUGCCACAACCUCAAGGGGACCUUCGAAUGCCGCUGCAUGGCUGGAUUUGAACUGGCCUCCGGUGGUGUGCAGUUCAAAUAUUCCAAGGAGAACACUUGUCACAAGACCAACUCCUCAAAGGCAGCUCAGGGCCACCAACAGCUGCAGGAAAUUGUCAACAAGUUCGAGUCACUACUCACCAAUCAGACUCUGUGGAGAAGAGAGGACAAACGGGAACUCGCCUCCGCAGCGUCAUCCCUCCUCCAGGAUGCAGAAUCUAGUGUUCUCGAAGCAGCCUUGAAAACCCCACGGCGAAAAAUCCAGGAAGCCUUCAACAGGACUCUGGCUGUUGCCACACAGACCGUUGGGGACAAAUGUUCUGAAGAAAGAAAGGUGUUCACAUUAGAUGUGCACAUGAACUCCAUGCAGGUCCAUUGUGAUGAUGUCAUCGAGGAAGACGCGCAAGGCCCCAGCGCCAUUGCCUUUAUCUCCUAUUCUUCUCUUGGACACAUCCUCAAUGAAACUUUUUUUGAAGAGACAGAGAUGCUCCAACCCACUUCCCUGGACUUCCAAGAGAAGAUGGAGGAGGACGAGCCCUUGUACCUGAACUCCCAGAUAGUGAGCGCAGCCCUGGGAUCCAGCUCCGGCCGCAGGGGCUCCUACCUCCCCGGCUUCGUCACCCUGACCCUGCAGCAUGUGAAGAAGAACCCUCGCAGCAGAAGGACCCUGUGCGUGUACUGGGCAGCCACCGGUGCGGGCGGCCACUGGGACACAGCUGGUUGUUUCCUGGUCAGCGUGAACGGAAGUCACACCGUGUGCAACUCCACUCACCUGUCCAGCUUCGCUGUCCUCAUGGCCUUGACCAAUCUGGAGGCCGACCCCGCCCUGGCCCUCAUCACCCAAGUGGGGCUCAGCCUCUCCCUGCUCUGCCUCCUCCUGGCGGCCCUCACCUUCCUCCUGUGCAGGGCCAUCCGCAACCUCAGCACCACCCUGCACCUGCAGCUCUCCAUCUGCCUCUUCCUCGCCCACCUCCUCUUCCUCACCGCCAUCCACCGCACCGAGCCCAAGGUGCUCUGCGCCGUCAUCGCCGGCGCCCUGCACUACCUCUACCUGGCCGCCUUCACCUGGAUGCUGCUGGAGGGGCUGCACCUGCUCCUCGCCGCCCGCAACCUGACGGUGCCGCACUCCUCGGGCGCGAGCGCGGUCACGAAGUGGCUCGUGUACCCCGCGGGCUACGGGGUCCCCGCCGUCGUGGUGGGCGUCUCGGCCGCCGCCAGGCCUCGGCUGUACGGAUCCCCUGCGCGCUGCUGGCUCCAGCUAGACCAGGGGUUCAUCUGGGGUUUCCUUGGCCCGGUCUGUGUCAUCGUGUCUGUGAAUUUAGUGUUUUUCAUCUCCGUCCUUUGGAUUUUGAAAAGGAAACUUUCUUCUCUCAACAGUGAAGUGUCAACCAUCCAGAACACAAGGAUGCUGACACUCAAAGCAACAGCUCAGGUGUUUAUCCUGGGCUGCACGUGGAUCCUGGGCGUCCUGCAGGUGGGCCCGGCGGCGCGGGUCAUGGCGUACCUGUUCACCAUUGUCAACAGCCUGCAAGGCGUCUUCCUCUUCCUGGUCUACUGCCUGCUCAGCCAGCAAGUCCGGAAACAAUACCAAAAGUGGUUUACAGACAUCACAAAACCAAAAUCCGAAUCUGAGACGUACGUGCUCUCCAGCAAGUCUGGCCGGGACACAAGACCCAGUACCACAGAGGGCUUAAACUCUGGGCCUGAGCGCUGUCCUUCAGCUCUUCAGCUCAAGACCAAGUGAGGAGAAAGCAUUAAAACUAGAACAUUCCAUGAUUCCAUUGAGAAAUCCACACCCACGAAUCCUGCUGGCCCUGUGCGGAGUGGAGCUGAGGACGGAGGCUCACGGCGCAUUGUAUGACGGGAAGAAAGCCUCGAA